UUAGCAUGGGUGAGCUGAGUAUGAUGUUGAAUAACACAGGGAUCAGUAUGAACAAGGUUGUAGCUCUGCAUGGCUCCAAAUCCUCCAAAACAAAAUUGCCUGAAACUCAUACAAAUCAAGGAACAGAGAGUAAGUUGUCACCAAUUGCAAAGAAAUCACCGCCAAAAUCUUCCCAGUUGCCCAUAAUGAAAGGUUCUAGCUUGAACAGAAGUUUUCCAAAGGUGGGAGAUAGUGAAUCUUCCAUGCUGAAGAGCAAACGUCUGCGUAAAGGAAGCAGUUGUGAUUCUAGAUUUAAAAGUGGCUCAGUUGGGGAUAGUGCACCAGAGGUUGAUAGGCCUAGUGACGUUUCUUCUGCGGAAAAGACCCCUAAAAAUACCUCCCCUCGUUCGUCCAAUCAAAGUGAAAAUGAUCUUUGGUCAUCGCCGAAUUCGUCUAGCUAUUGUGCCAACAAUACGGGACUUUUUGACAGACUUGAUGAGUUCAAGAUUUCCUUUAAUUCUGGUGCUGCCCAGCAGCAUCCCAAUUUGAAAACGGUUGAAGACCGGGAGAAAACCCCACCCGCUGAUGGUGAGGACAGAAAGGCAAACAUCUCAACAAACAUUCUCAUGUCCAAACCAAAACCCAAGUCAAUGGAUGAAGAAAAGGCAACUAAAACGAACUUGGUAAAUAGUGUGAAUUCGAAUCCAACAAUAAAACAGAUAAGUGAUAGGGAAAAUCUUGGUAGGGAAUACAGCCAUGAAGUUCUCGAUAGAAUUUACAGCGCUGAUGCCCACGGUAGCUUCCAGUGUAUAGAGCAGACUCAGCUCGACGACCAUUUCACAGCCCUUCACAGUCGGGAGUCUUUAGAAACGGAGUGGAAUACCAUAAGAAGGGAGACUGUGGAUACAACACGUGGAGAUUUUUCUCGUAUCAGUGAUAUUCAGAUAGGGUUGGUACCCCCACCAACAGCUCAAUCUACUCCCUUUCCACCAUCAAUAGCCAAGUUUACAGAUUUUUCUACCACAAUUUCAUCAAGUAAGGUUUGCCCUGUGGAUGCACCUCCAGCCCUUAAGUUCAGAGAGGCCUGCUGUGUGGGGAUAUCCAGGAAGGAGCUGCUGCCCCUCAGGAACCCCACCGACAGAUGGAUGGAGUGUUUCAUAGAGCCCAAGUUCCUGGAAUGUGAUGGAAAGAGAAUGUCCCUGGAGCACUUCCCCUUUGAGCUGAGGCAGAGGAAGUUUAUUAUAGACCCCCACAAGACAUUUAAUGUUGAUGUUAUGUUCCUACCAAAGCGUCCAGGUGCUUAUGUAGCCCAGGUGCAGGUGUUUUCACUCUCGUUCCUGAAUCGCAGCCAGAUGAAGGAACGUGACGUUGUCCCUGUCAACAUCUCCUUUCAGGCUUCAGCAGAGGACCCGUGGAUCAAGGUGUCCUGUGAUGAUGGCCAGUGCAACUCUGUAGACUUUGGCGAGUUACUAUGGGGUUCUUGUGGUGAGAAGACCAUCUGUAUACAGAACAUGGGCCAGGCCACUGUACCACUCAGGCUGGCCAUCACAUCGAAUAAAGCGUGGCACUGCUUUGCCUUCGAGCCUGAGGGGGGGGUCUCCGACGUAUCGAUAAUCUCUGGUUGCCACCCACCAACCUCAGGUCAGGGUCGAAGCAUAAUAAACAUCAGUUUGCCAGGCUGUGAUCAACCAUUCUCCUACCAGAAGGUGAAGGUCUGGUGCAGGCCACCAGAAAAACAGUUCACCAAAGCUCUGGCCCGCCAGCCCCCCGAAGUGUUCGAGUGCAGUGUGGAUAUUGAGGUGGACACACCCUGCAGUCGCCAGCCAAAACUGAGCACCUUGCAUCUCAAGGCAACCGUAGGCGUAUGCAAACUGCACACACAGACCAACCUCAAGGAGAUCCACAUCAGGUCUAGUCCCAAGGCUUCAGAGAGGACGACAGUGAGGCUGUUCAACGCGGGGAACCUGUCCUUGACUGUGUCCUUCGGAAUCAGUGAUCAUCGUGACGUGUUCAUUGUGUCGCCUACCAGUCUGCUUUUGAAACCACAUGAAGAUGGUAGCAUUGUCAUCACCUUCAAACCCAAUCUUGAUAGCAUGAAGAAGUUUGUUACGCUGUUGUUGAUGAUGGUGCAGCCCAGUGGCCCAGUGUUUGAGCUGCAGAUAGUGGGGGAGGUGCAGGAGGCUGUGCCAGAAAACCUUCAGCUGCUCUGUGAUAUUACCACCCUGGACUUUGGUGGUGUGGCUCUGGGAAAAACAUGUGUGAAGUGCUACAGAUUGAAGAACAAUAACCCAACUCCUGUGCUGUUGACAGCCAAGGUGACUGAUUCGGAUAUCAGGUUGGCCCGGGAGGCAGAUCGAAGGGUCGAAGGAAGCGACACAUUAGACCUGGAGGUGUCCCCCACCCACACGCUGCCUGUCUAUGUGAUGUACGCCCCGUUGUUACGACAACACCUGAGGAGCAAGGUCACCAUGCGACACCCAGCAUCUGGCAAAUACACGGUAAAGAUCCAAGGGUACGGUGGUGUCAGCAGACUGCACUGCAAAGAGGACUGCCUGGAGACGACCUUUGUGGAAGGUCACACGUGUUUCACCGUGACCUCAUUCUCAAUGGAUAAGGUCAAGGACAUAUUCUUGACCAACCUUGGAGACCGUGCUGCAAGAGUGCACGUUGCAGUGUAUGAAGACCUGAAGUGCACAGAAUGCCUACUGUCUGGAGAGAUUAUUGUGAAGCCCAGUGAGUUAUCCCUAAUGGAUGGAGAAAGCAAGAAGAUGAAACUCGUUGUCGGAAUGAAAGAGGCAGAGUUCACUCGUCGGCAGGAACAGAAUUCGGUCGGGGCGGCUCUUUGCUUUGAAUACGUGGACCAGGUGGAGUCCAAUCAUCCAUUCAGGUCCAAGUUGAUAGUGGGUCUGGUUCGAGGUUUUGCCGCUAGUGGCACACCCACCACAACCACCCCCCUGCGCUCUGUCCGUCCUUACAGGCCUUCAUACUUCUCAGAGAUAGCGACAGAUCUCAGCAGUCGUUUCAGCACCACCAGCGACGACAUGACUGAAAGGUUUUCCCAUGGUACUGAGUCCUCAGUGGUAGAGAGGAUAGGGGGCUGGUCCGUGAAGCCAUCAAAACUAGUCAUUUACUGCUCAAACAGAGGUCAAGAAUUUGAGACGUUUUACAUCUACAAUCACAAUUCCGUGGGAAUAAGGUUUGAAAUGUUCUGGCCAGGUGGAAACCUGUCAUUGACUCCUGGCAGUGGAACAAUCUUGCCAAGAGAGAACCAGUGCAUCCGUGUGUACCCAACCACAGUAACCACCCAGAGUCCACCUUGGUCGGGUCAGAUAAUUGUGUCAGUUGACAGGCAGACAGAGAGCAUCCUAGUCGAGGUGAAACAAGAUGCCAGUGCAACCAAUCAAGACAUUCCAGAGAAGGACAACCGCAGUCUGGUUCCUAUUAGUAGCAAUGUUAACCUGUCCAGCGUGGGAACCAAUCGACUGGGCCACCUCGAAGUGUCCAGGACGUCUGUCCAGUUUCCGUCGACGAGGAUCGGCAAGUGUUCUGAGCAGACCAUUGACAUAUCAAACAUCGGGCCGGAGACCUUGAGAUGGCUGUUCUCGUCAUUUGCACCGCUGUAUAUGAAGAGGAAGACAGAGUCAAGUAAAGAUGUGUUCAGAGUGUCCUACAAGGUGUUUGACUUCACCAAGCAGUUUGGGAAACUGAACGCCAAAGAAACCCUGCAGCUGACUGUACAGUUCAUGCCUCAGUCUGCGGGCACGUUCACCCAGUACUGGGACCUCCAGACCAGCAGUAAUGCGGGCCUUAGCAAGUCUACCUCCACCACCCAACACCCCCAGCACCAGGACUACAUAAUGGUGCACCUUACUGGAGAGGGCCAGGAAGAUGAUACAGAAACCCCUCGAGGAAAGAGUGAUGUUGAGAAUCUCUUGCCAAAGCUGCCUAGCAACAAAUACAGCCUGCGCCUGGGCCAGGAGCUCAUGGAGUUCCCGUGCAUGGAGCGAGGCAACCGGAGCAUGCUGAGGCUGGAGCUGAAGAACAACCAUAUGGAGGACGUGAAAGUGGAGGUCACUGCACCCCAGCCCCCCUUCCACGUCAACCACUCCAGCUUCAAGAUACAGAAGAAGAAGUAUUUACGAUUGCCAAUAGAGUUCCAGCCAACACGCCCAGGAAGGUUUACAGAUGUAGUGAAGUUCCAGAGCUCCAAGGGAGACAAUCUUAUACUGCAACUGUCAGCAGAGUGUAGAUCAACACAUUUGACCUCCCUUAGUUAAUCUUCAACCAUCAAGAAUCGUAUAAAAAAAUCUUAGGAUGAAAUAAGAAUGGAACAAUUUGAAUGGAAUUUUAAAAUAUCAGAAAAUGUAUAGUGUCGUUUUUUAAUGCCUAACUGAUUUUUGGACAGGAGUUUCUUAAUCGUAACUGUAGACAUAACUGUUAUUAAUUGCAUAUUGAAUUAGCUAUUAAUGUGAAAUGGUAAUAAAUCAAAUGAGAAACAUUAUAAGCAUGGAGUCGUAUAAUGCAUACUUAAAACUUCAAAUAAAUUUAUACGCAAAAACACACAAAAAAAUAGUAGUCCUUCUUCUAGAUAUUCUAAUUCAUCACACCAAGGACUUUUUAUCAAUAUAACACAAACAUGUUUUGCCUAUUCCUUUAAUUGUGAUUAAUAAAAGUGAUAUCCCUGUGAUAAAAAUAUAAAUGUGAUACAAUGUUAGAGUAACAUUUGCAAAAGCUGUGGUCUCAUUAUUUAUUGUUGUUCAUGUAAUAAAUUGUUGAAUUUUGUAGUGCACAUACAAGCCUGACUAAAUUUAAAAUUAAAAAAAAAAAAAAAAAAAAAAAAGUGCAGGCAUAGUUCUAUAUUGUUGUUUAUAGUGUUGUAUGCAACUCUCGAUUAUUGUGUUAGUUUUGAUGUUAUUUAACUUGUAAAUGUAUUUAUAUUAAUGCAGUUGAUGUAUGUAAAUGUGAAUAUCAAAUCAAAUUUUGUGUUAUCAGACUGGUGAACCUAUGUGACAGCUAUGUGUGGUUCAGUGAGAAUUUCAAAUAGAUUAAUUGUAUUCUACAAUAGAAUUUUCUCUCUAGUUUCAGAUAUAAUUGGUAUUUUGAGUGGUAUAGUUACUUUUUUCAGUUUCUUUACCUUUGACUCCCUGUAAGCAACCAAUUGCUUUUAAUGUGUAGUCAUUAAAGAUUGAUAUUCAGUAUACAAUCCAGCAUUGAAGUCUUGCCUAUAUAUAUAUGAGCCAUGCUCUGUGAAAGGGGGGUAUACUGCAUGCAGUCUGCACAGGCUAAUCAGGGAUGACAUUUUCUGCUUUUAUAAUAUUUUCUGUUUAAAGAAAGUCUCUUAGCAAAAAUCCCGUUUGGGCAGAAAGUGUUGUCCCUGAUUAGCCUGUGUGGACAUGCAUUAAGUCCCCUUUCACAGAGCGCUGCCCAUAUUCUUUCUGAAUCAUUGUAUAAAUCUUAAUCAUAUGUGCAUGUAAAUAGUUUGUAUUAUUAUCAUGUGGUACAUGAAAGUAGUUUGUAUUAUUAUCAUGUGAAAAAUUAUCUUUUCAAAAUAUUUUCUCACAUUGUCGAUAAUGUACAUAUAUGUUUUUCAAACAGUACCAACAGGAUUCACCGUCAUUUGUUACAUUACCUGUGCUUGUAUUAUAUUAGCCAGACUUGCAUUUAUGACCAUGGCUAUUGUUUGAGUUUAUAUUAUGCUAGAAUAUUAAAUGCCUUAAACCACUUUUCAAUGUUGAACAUUUUGUUUCGUACGUGUGAAAUAAAACAAUUCAUAACAAUAAAUUAAUGUAUAUAAAUGUAGUAGUCCAUGCUGUAAUGUUUAAGUGUCAGCGCAGACAUUCUGGAAGAGUUUGUAAGGAAUGUUAUUACUUAGGGGUUUCAAUAUGUUUACCUGUUCCAUGAAGUAAUCUGUAUAUUUGCCCAUAACUAAUUUUCAUGUUUUUCUAAAGCCUCAAACUUCAAACUUCUUUUUUUUAACUUGUUGCUCAAUGACUUAUGACUGAUUUUAGACAUUUUAAGUAAACUUCAUACAUGUAUACUUUAUAUCAAGACCCUGCAUGACACUUCAUACCAGGUUUAUCAAUUUGUUCUCGAAUCAAAUUAAAGACAGGAAACAACAAGUUGUGUCCACCUUUCCCUUACAAUAACUCCUAUCUAAUAACCACCAUUUGUCUUUUCCCACAAACAUGCUAUUAGUCUUGUGACAAACUAUUUUUACAUACUUGCUGUGUAGGUAUUAGAUUGCUGUAUGAAUAGUAAAAUAUUUUGACUUAGUACAUGUUAAUAAGUAAGUGAUAAUUAGCUAGUAUAUUUACUUCGACAUUGUACAACUAUGCAUGGACACAAUCUUGAAACGAAAAUAAAGAAUCCAACUUGUUCAA